GCUGUUGGAUCAGUACUCUGGGAGGCCAUGUAUAGACUUCCUUGACAAUCCUGAGGAGUGGAAAGAAAAGUUAACAAUAAGCAACAUUUUACUUGCUAUUCAGGUGAUGCUUUCAAACCCAGUAACAGAAAAUGCAGUGAAUGCAGAAGCAGCAGAAAUGCUGAAGAACAAUAUGCCUCUGUAUAGGCAAAUGGUUAUGCAGUGUGUUAGAAAUAGCCUGCACCCUGAAGAACUUCCUCGUACUGAGAAAGAUCGUGUUUCUUCUUUGGAGUUUUACCAGCCAAUUGAAGGAUCUUCUCUGGACUUUGCUAGAGGGAUUAGGAGAAUUUCGUUUGAAGAUUACCACAGGACGUGGGCUAAAAUAGCUACAUCAAAAGCAAGAGAUCAUUUUAAAGACUCAUUUUAUGAAGAUCCCAAAUUCAUAGGGAACUGCAGUAGCUGGAAGGCCAAAAAUGAGAAAGGAACUGGAGACGCAGAUGAGGAUGCAUGCACUGCUAUGGUCUCUCGGCUCCUCAGAAAGCAGGGGUAUCAGACACCAGGAGGACUGUCUGGCACGGGCGAAACUGAGCUAGAAAACUACCAGCUUUGCCAGCAUCCAGAUGUGCCUGUGUGCCUCCCGUCAGAAAGGCAAAGAGGGGAUGAAGAUGGACAUGACAACCAAGAAGAGCUAUGGGAGAAGGAAGUCGACCAUCUAGUAGCUUGGACAAACACUCUAUCUAGUGGACUAGAGGAUUAAAUUGGAAGAAGUAUAUAUGCAGAUAAGCAAGUACUGUAUUAUUUUUAAACAGUCUGAGGAUUUUUAUGUCAUUGUAUCAGGCAAGUCUUUAGUUGUGACUUGGUCUUUUUGUCGUGAUGCUUUUGGCUUCAGUUAGAGAGUGAGUAGGGAUGGAACUAGAGUCUGUCUUACCCAUACAAGCAUGGCAUUUUACCAGCAUUUGUACCCCUAGUGCGCUCAGUGAUUUGUUUCUGUGUAAUUGUUUGGAACUUAUUACCUAAAUAGCUUGACAUUUUUAGGUGUUCUAGCCUCUAUAGGGCUUAGAACCAUGACAAGGUAUAGCUAUGGCUGUGGAGAAGUAUCUAGAUUUGACUGCAUGGCAGAAAAGAGCUGUUGAGUGAGAAGAUACUACUACUUAUAUCAGAUAGUGGGUGUGUUCAGAAUCUAAAUCCAACAGUGCUAAUUUUUCACUCCAGCCUUAAAUCAGAUCCUGUGUCAWCCUGGAUGAUGAGACAGUAUUAACUUACAUUACUGGCUACGAAGUGGGUGGAUGUGGCAUUUCUCCUGAAAGAACUGUGUGUGUCUCUUAACUCUUCCUGGCUUAUCCAUUGUAGCCAUCACUGGGUAACUCACAGGUGUGUUGAGAUGCAUAAAAAGGCCAAAUGACAUAUAGGUAGGCAGGAUGGUAAAGAUUCAUAUAGCUUGGAUCAAGACUCAGGUUUCAAGAAGGAGCCAGG